AUGGGUCCCAAAUUUGAUCCUUCUGAAAUUAAAAUUGUAUGUUUAAGGGCCGUCGGUGGUGAAGUUGGCUUCCCAAGAUUGGAAGGCUUGAGGGUGACUGUCCAGCUGACAAUUCAGAAUCGUCAGGCCCAAGUUACUGUCAUACCUUCUGCUUCUUCUCUCAUCAUUAAGGCCCUGAAGGAACCCCCAAGAGAUAGAAAGAAAGUGAAAAAUAUCAAGCACAGUGGAAACUUGACAAUCGAGGAGAUUAUUGGCAUUGCCAGGAUCAUGAAAGCAAGAAGUAUGGCUAAAAAUUUGGCUGGAACUGUCAAAGAAGUUCUAGGUACCUGCCAGUCUGUUGGAUGCACAGUCGAAGGCAGCCAUCCUCAUGAUAUCAUCGAUAAAAUCAACUCAGGAGAUAUUGAUAUUCCUGAGGUUAUUUUAAAAUUUUCUAAUUACUGA